AAGGGAGGCAGUGCACACACACAGCUCUUUAACUCAGCAUCAGACCAGUCGGAGAGAGAGAGGGAGACACACACACACCACACACACACUCACACUCACACACACACUCUACCCCCAAAUCUCCAGCUCUGCACAGAGAAAGAAGCAGCAGCGACACACACAAAAGCAUUCUUGGCUUUCAGUUUAAGGGAAGAAGAAGAAGACGAAGGAAAAACAAGUGAACAAUACGCCUGGUGAGAUCUUUCUGCUUGAGAUAGAAAUAGAAGGGGAAAGGCGUGACAGGACUCAGACACGGGUUUAGUCAGGAUCGGUGCGUAAGGAUCACUACAUCUGGAGAAGACUGGAGCAGGAACAGCAUGAGAGCAGCUAUGAGGAUCACGUGGCUGCUGCUUUCUCUCAGCUUCCUAUUAAACAGCGUCUGUUCAGAUGAACCCACGACGACUAAAACUGCAGACAAGCCUAUGAUAAAAACAACGACGACACCAUCUGUGUCGGGGAAAACAUCUCUGUCGACGACAACAUCUGUGUCGGGGAAAACAUCUGUGUCGGGGAAAACAUCUGUGUCGGGGAAAACAUCUGUGUCGGGGAAAACAUCUGUGUCGGGGAAAACAUCUGUGUCGGGGACACCAUCUGUGUCGGGGACACCAUCUGUGUCGGGGAUAAAUUCUAGCAGUAAGGUGAACGGAAUUGCUAAUAACAUACCUGACACUUCUGGGGCACAAACGUCUCAAAAACCAUCGACAAUGGCUCCCGUGGCCACCAGCGCAGCCAAUACCACCAGCGCAGCCAAUACCACCAGCGCAGCCAAUACCACCAGCGCAGCCAAUACCACCAGCGCAGCCAAUACCACCAGCGCAGCCAAUACCACCAGUGCAGCCAAUACCACCAGCGCAGCCAAUACCACCAGCGCAGCCAAUACCACCAGUGCAGCCAAUACCACCAGCGCAGCCAAUACCACCAGCGCAGCCAAUACCACCACCCGAGCAGUACAAGGUGCAAACAACAUUUCAAAUGCCUCGACGGACGCCACCACAGCGGGGCAGCCGACCGGGACUCUGACCUCCUCCACCAUCAAGCCGAACCACAAAGGUGCCAAUGGAACCACAUCGACACCUACAAGGACACCGGAGCAGACGGCGUCAUUGAGGGCCACUUAUGCAGCAGGGAACACAGGGACCACCAGGGCCUCCUCCACCUUGAUGGAGACCAGCCCUCCUACAGGAGCCACCACUGGAGCCAAUUUUGGAACCAAUUUUGGAACCAAUGUUGGAACCAAUUUUGGAACCAAUGCUGGAACCAAUGCUGGAACCCCGACCAAUCAAACCACCAUCACCAUCAUCGCCACAACCACCACAGCAGCUCCAGCUAAGAAGUUUUCGUAUUCGACAAAGAAAAAAUACGAGAAAGAGGAGGAAAAAGAUCUGGUACUGGUGUGCAAGCGGCUGAUGGAGAACCUGGAAGAUGGAAACUGCACCCUGUCAUGGCGGCACGACAAUGGCAGAUUACAGUUUGACUGUGUGGAGAUAAACGGCAAAGUGACAACAAACCUUGCAAACCAGUACUAUGAAGAAAUCACCAAGAAACCAACAGAUAACAAAACUCUGAUAGCCAUCCUGGCCUCCUGUGGAGCUCUGCUGAUCAUGAUCGUCAUCCUCGCUGUUUGUGCGUCCCACCACCGCAAGCCGUACAACGAGAACCAGCAGCAUCUGACGGAGGAGUUGCACACGGUGGAGAACGGAUACCACGAUAACCCAACACUGGAGGUGAUGGAGGUGCAGCCGGAGAUGCAGGAGAAGAAGAUGGCCCUAAACGGAGAGUUCAACGACAGCUGGAUCGUCCCCAUAGACAACCUGCUGAAGGAGGACAUCGCCGACGAGGAGGAUACUCACCUGUAGAGACGAAGGAACAAAACAAACAAAACUAUCCACACUUCCUGCUCCAUGCCGACCCUUUCCCUCCAUCCUGGGAAUGCCGUUCCUGUAGAGAAGACUUUUCUGAUCUGCAGGUACAUCCUGUAGAAAAACCCAAUAGUAAUGAUGUCUGUUAUAUAUUUUUCUACUGUAGUGUGCAAAACAAUACAUUCUGAGCAUGAAGUACCAAUGAAAUUGCACGCAGUGGCCUUGGAAACGUAAACCUAUGUUUAGAAAAUCAAGUAAAUGAAUCACUGUUCUGCCUAAACCUGAGAUUUCCAAUCAAUAAGUGACUUUCUACAUCAUAACUCAUUCAGGAAAAGCUCCAAUCUACAAGGUGAUUGUGCCUUUGUACACAUGCCACUGUAAAUAAAGUGUUUUAAUGUUAUUUUCUGACAGGGAAAACGAGUCAAGAGAAGCUUAAAUUCAUCUUGAGAGCCACUAACUUAGAUUAGAUGACUUCAGGAUCCUGCUAAGCAUCCUGGUAAAUUUCCACUAAUGUGUGUUUUCACUGGUGCACCAUUCAUAAAAGACAGAUGUCUAAAGACAAUGCUAAGUCAUAAUGGGUUUAUAGAAAUAAGACAAAUUAAGGGGUUUAAUCCAAAAUGGCACAUUAACUUAAGAAAGGCCUGAUGGGAUACAAGUAUAUUUUGUGGGGUUUGUUUUAUGUGUGACCCUGACUUUUGACGUUGUUUCACGUGAUUACAAUCAAGGAUAAAGCCUUUAGCUUUCAUCUGAAAAUAGGUAUUUACUUGUGUCCACUUGUUUUCAAUGGAGGCUAUCGAUAUCGUUCAGCAUUUCUAACAGAAAAAUCACAUGUUUUGUGAGCUUUACCUUCUUACAUUCAAAAUAAAAUAAAAGGUCACAUUAUUACUAAACAACACUGGUUAAAACAUUUCAGGCUUUGUAGUAUUUCCAGUCUCAAAAAUCCAUAAACAAUCAAACUUAUUGUGAUUAUCAGAGGAUUUUCAACACUAUAGUCGGACAAGUAGCAUACGGUGACUAGCUAACAUUUAGAUAUUAGAAAAGUAAAACAGGAAGGAAACACUUUUUGCCUCACCAGGAGAUAUCAGGCCUGUCAUGAAGCCUAAUGUAAAAACAACACCGUAAACAACAAAAGUUAACAGUCAGAGUGAGUAUGUUAGCAUGCUAACGUUAGCUUGUUAGCUAGGGUGCUAGGGCUAUCCCAUUUAUUUCCUACAUUUGUUUUAACCUUGCUACUUUAUUCGUGUAGUAAAAGGGAAAUGAACUGCCAUACUGUUAUAAAAUAGGAUUGUUGACCGUCAAACAACAUGGUGACAUGUUCACACCGUCAUUGUGAGCAUUUUAGCAUGCUAAUGUUAGCAUUUAGCUUAAAGCACCAUUGAACAGUCUCAAGGAGCUGAAAGCAUGAAGGGAAAUCUAAUCGUUUAUUAUUUUUGUACUGGUGAUCACAAAUGCCACUGUGCAACAAAAGUGCUUAAAGAAAAAACAUAAAACCCACAUGGUAUUAUCAAAAUGUGGUUAUUUUUGAAAAUAGUGAUGUGUAACCCUAUCAAUACGUAGAAAACACAGCAUUUUCUCAAUAGCCAGCAACAAAUCUCCCAGUCAGGCUGAGAAUGGGCUUUUUUAAAGGCCACAAUGUGUUAAUUGCUUUGACAGCAUAGAAAUAUUACAAACAAGCCAACUGUACAAUUAAAAAAUAAUCAUUACCAGUAGGAAAAAUGAUGUUCUGAUGCUGAUUUUGCUUUUAAUAACCACCUCUGAUGUAAACACUGUAAAUAUUUCUGUGUAUUCCUCUAUUGCUGCUGCUGGAGGGGUUAGGUCGUUGAUGAAUAUGAUAUGAAACUCCUCACAGCAGAUCCUGGGCACAUUUCAUCUUGGAUUAUGUUCAGUUUAAUAAUUUACUUUCCUCUUAAACCCAUUAAGAACUUAAUAUAUAUGUGUGUACUUAUAUAUACAAGUGAAUCACCUUUGGGCACUCCAAUCCACCUUUUUGUUUGUUUGUUUGUUCGUUGUGUUUGUGUGUCUUCCGUUUCACGUUUAUUAUAGCUGUGAUAUUUUCACCAAAGUAAGUUACCAGUAUUUUAAUGUAUUUAUGAUUUGUUUGCUUCUGAAGGCAAACAACAGGGGUCUAACACACUGGAAGCUGUAAAUUGUUGUUUUACCUGUUCAGAUUUGCAAAUAAAAGCAUCUUUUUUCCACUCA